UUGUCAUUGUUUUGUCAAACUUGUUAUACAAAUAUAUCUAACCACUAGAAUUACUUGUUGAUUUAGCUAAUUUACAUAAAAUUUACUUGUUAAAAUGGCGCGUAAUGUACUUAAACUUGGUGCGUUAGAGGUGCAAAGGACGGCGUUUUUCCUCUGUGACAUCCAAGAAACAUUUAGACCACACAUAAAACAUUUUGCCGAAAUUGUUAAAGUCGCGAAUAAAAUGGUGGAAGCAGCAAAGCACUUCAACAUUCCAGUUUAUGUGUCCGAGCAAUAUCCAAGAGGCCUUGGUCACACAACUAAGGAAAUAAACACUGACAAUGUUGCUCUCGUGUAUGGGAAGACCAAGUUUUCCAUGUACACCCCAGAACUACAAGCAAAAUUGAAAUCAGAUGUACCGAAUUUGGGUUCGGUAGUACUAUUUGGAAUCGAGGCGCAUGUAUGUAUCGAGCAGACAGUGAUAGAUCUCCUCAAUGAGGAUUUAACGGUUCAUGUUGUUGCCGACGGUGUAUCUUCAAGAUCUCUACUGGACAGAAGCCUGGCACUGCAGCGUCUCCAAUCUAUCGGUUGUUUUAUUGGCACAUCGGAGAAUAUAUUGUUUAAACUCCUCGGUGACAAAAACAACCCGGCCUUCAAGCCCAUAUCCAAACUGAAUAUAGUGCCAACAGCGGAUGAGUUCGGAGGGAAAGCUUAGGGCAGCUUAUUUAACACUUAAAACUAUACCAAAAUGUAUCUAAUAUAUGUGUAUAUCUUCUUAGAUGUGAUAUCCGUCUUGUUAGUAUAUUGUUACUAGUCUAUACGCUCUGUGUGAUAAUUAUUAUAGUUUGAUAGGUAUUUAUAUAAAUGAAAAAUUAAUAUAUUUGGUGAAUUCAAAGUUUAUUUGUGUAUGUUAUAAAUAAAUAUGUGAGACGAUCACUUCAACAGCGACCACUUGAGUUGCUCCCUCGCUGAUUGUAACACCUGUAACAGAGGUACGAUUAAUAUAUAUAUAUAUAUAUUAUAUGAUAACUAUAAUUUUAAUAUAUUAUUGUAAUUGAACGAAUUUAUGUAAUUUAACUUAGACGCUGUCAAGACUCGCUUCUGAACUGAUAUUUUUGAUGUCUAUUAAUAAAUAUGCCUAUUAGAAUAA